AUGUCUUUAACCCAACGGAUCGAGACGCCCUCCGUCACCUAUGAUCAACCCUUGGGUUUGUUCAUUGACGGCAAGUUCGUGAAGGGUGUUGAGGGCAAGACCUUCGAGACCAUCAACCCCACCAACGAGAAACCCAUUGUCGCAGUUCACGAGGCUGGUCCAGAAGAUGUCGACAUCGCUGUCAAGGCCGCCCGAAAGGCCUUUGAAGGCGUUUGGGCGCAUACCCCUCCUUCCGCGCGAGGCCACUUCUUGACGAAACUUGCCGACCUCUUCGACGAACAUACUGAUAUCCUCGCUGCCAUCGAAUCCCUUGACAAUGGCAAGGCCAUCUCUAUGGCCAAGGUUGAUGUCCAGCUCGCGUCGGGCUGCUUGAGAUACUAUGGAGGGUGGGCAGACAAGAUCCACGGGAAGACCAUUGAUACGGACCACGAAUCUUUCAACUACACCCGACACGAACCUGUCGGCGUGUGUGGCCAGAUCAUUCCCUGGAACUUCCCCAUCCUCAUGUGGUCCUGGAAGAUUGGACCUGCCUUGGCCACCGGCAAUACCGUGGUUCUGAAGACCGCCGAACAGACCCCUCUGUCGGCCCUGUAUGCGGCCAGUCUCAUCCAGAAGGCUGGUAUCCCUGCUGGUGUCGUCAACAUCAUCUCUGGCUUCGGUAAGACCGCCGGCGCCGCUAUCGCUUCUCACAUGGAUGUCGACAAAGUUGCCUUCACUGGCUCGACCGUUGUAGGCCGCGCCAUCCUCCAAGCUGCCGCCAAGUCGAAUUUGAAGAAGGUUACCCUCGAGCUCGGAGGGAAGUCGCCCAACAUCGUCUUCAACGAUGCCAACCUUGAGGACGCCAUCUCUUGGGUCAACUUCGGUAUUUUUUACAACCAUGGCCAAUGCUGUUGUGCUGGCUCGAGAAUUUAUGUCCAAUCUGGUAUCUACGACAAGUUUGUCGAGGCAUUCAGAGAGCGGACUAUUCAGAACGUCGUCGGUGAUCCGUUCCACGAAAAGACGUUCCAAGGACCUCAGGUCAGCCAGCUCCAGUUUGACAGAAUCAUGAGCUACAUCGAGUCCGGCAAGGAAGCCGGUGCUAAGGUCGAGACUGGCGGUGCACGCCAUGGUGACGAGGGAUACUUCAUCCAACCAACCAUCUUCUCCAAUGUCAGCCCUGACAUGAAGAUCAUGCAAGAAGAAAUCUUCGGCCCUGUCUGCGCCAUCAGCAAGUUCGAGACCGAGGAUGAGGUCAUUAAGGCCGGCAACGAGACCGCCUACGGUCUCGCCGCUGCAGUCCACACUACCAAUCUCAACACUGCCAUUCGUGUCGCCAACUCUCUCAAGGCUGGCACCGUGUGGGUCAACAACUACAACAUGCUCAGCUACCAAGUGCCUUUUGGCGGCUUCAAGGAGUCUGGAAUUGGCCGUGAACUUGGCAAGUAUGCUCUCAGUAACUACACACAGGUCAAGUCGGUCCGCAUCCGACUGGGAAACGCCCUCUUCUAG